ACACCGGAACGGAUGAGGAACAUGAUGUGGGUCCUGAGCAGAAAGGGAACUUCAGUUACCAGAAUUCCCCUGUCAGUCAUAUAUCUAACCAAGAUGCAGAAAAUGAAUCACUGCUGAGUGAUGGUAGUGACCACAUGACAGAUGUUAAAAGCAUUUGCUCUAGAGAGCCGCAGGAUCCAAAAACCAGCACCCAUCCCAAAGCCCAGAAUGAAGCACACAACUGCAUGGAUAAAAUGACAGCAGUCUAUGCCAACAUACUGUCAGACUCUUACUGGACGGGCUUGGGGCUGGGUUUCAAGUUGUCCAACUCUGAAAAGAGGAGUUGCGACAACAGAAAUGGAGGGAACAAAGCUGAUUUUGAUUGGCAUCAAGAUGCACUGUCAAAAAGCUUACAACAGAAUUUACCUUCCAGACCUGUCUCGAAACCCAACCUGUUCAGCUCCGUCCAGCUCUACCGGCAGAGCAGCAAAAUGUGUGGAACGGUGUUCACUGGUGCCAGCAGGUUUCGGUGCCGGCAGUGCAGCGCGGCCUACGACACGCUGGUCGAACUAACAGUUCAUAUGAAUGAAACAGGUCACUACCAAGAUGACAACCACAAAAAGGACAAGCACAGGCCUACCAGCUACUCGAAGCCUCGAAAAAGGGCUUUCCAGGACAUGGACAAGGAAGAUGCACAAAAAGUUCUGAAGUGUAUGUUCUGUGGUGAUUCCUUUGAUUCCCUUCAAGAUUUGAGCGUUCAUAUGAUAAAAACAAAACAUUACCAAAAAGUGCCUUUGAAGGAGCCAGUACCAACCAUUUCUUCAAAAAUGGUCACUCCAGCGAAGAAACGUGUGUUUGACGUUAACAGGCCUUGUUCCCCCGAUUCCACAACGGGGUCUUUCUCAGACACUUUUUCCCCACAGAAGAACGGGAACCUGCAGUUAUCAUCCAACAACCGCUACGGCUACCAGAAUGGUGCCAGCUAUACGUGGCAGUUUGAGGCCUGCAAAUCCCAGAUUUUGAAGUGUAUGGAGUGUGGAAGUUCCCAUGACACCUUGCAGCAGCUCACGACCCACAUGAUGGUUACUGGCCACUUCUUGAAAGUCACAAGUUCAGCUUCAAAGAAAGGAAAGCAGCUUGUUCUAGAUCCUUUAGCUGUGGAAAAAAUGCAGUCGCUCUCUGAAGCACCAGCCAAUGACAGCCCGGUUUCAAAGGCAAUCAGUAAAUCAUCAUCUGCAGAAUGCAUAGCUCCUGCUUCUGAAAUAAAAAAAGAAAGUAAAAAAGAUAAAGCUGAUGAUGCAAACAAAGAUGAGAAAGCAGUAAAAACUGAAGAGUAUGAAGACACUCUUCAGAAACCACUGGAUCCCACAAUGAAAUACCAGUACCUCAGAGAAGAAGAUUUAGAAGAUGGUUCAAAAGGUGGUGGGGACAUUUUGAAGUCUUUGGAGAACACUGUCACGACAGCCAUCAAUAAAGCUCAAAAUGGAGCACCUAGCUGGAGCGCAUAUCCCAGCAUCCAUGCAGCUUAUCAGCUCUCAGAAGGAGCUAAGCCAUCUCUGCCUGUGGGUUCCCAAGUACUGCAAAUCAGGCCAACAAUGGCCAACAAGUUGAGGCCCAUAGCUCCAAAGUGGAAAGUCAUGCCUCUCGUCCCUAUCUCAGCAAAUGUGGCUCAGUGCACUCAAGUGAAGAAGGAAACUGAUGAUAGGGAGGAGGUACAAAAGGACUAUGCUAAAGAGAGCAUUCAAGCUGAGCAUGUUUCACUCAGCCAGAGUGAGAGGGAACCUAUCCUCAAAUCUGAAGCCUCUGGGGAGCCAAAAAAGACAGAACCAUGUCCCUUGAAAGAAGAAGACAAAAUUAAAGAGGACAGUGGAAAAGAAAAAUCAGCCCUCAAGGAACCAACAACAGCUUCUCUUAGUAAUGGUUGUGCUGCUGCCAACCAUUCAUCAGAGCUGCCUUGUGUCAACCCUCUCAGUGCCCUGCAGUCGGUACUGAAUAAUCACUUGGGCAAAGCCACUGAGCCUUUACGGCCCCAGUCCAACUCCAGCCCGAGCUCUAGCACGAUUUCUAUGUUCCACAAAACUAAUUUAAAUAUGAUGGAGAAGCCGGUUUUAUCUCCUACUCCAACCCCACCAAAGCCUGCAAGCGUAACCAGGCACUAUUUGUUUGAAAAUAAUGAUCAGCCUAUUGACCUGACCAAAUCUAAAGGCAAGAAAGCUGAGUCAGCUCAAGCACAAUCUUGUACUUCUCCACCUCAAAAACAUGCUCUGUCUGACAUUGCUGAUAUGGUCAAAGUUCUUCCCAAAGCUACUACACCAAAACCUGCUGCAUCUUCAAGGAUCCCAUCUAUGAAGUUGGAAAUAGAUGUCCGACGCUUUGAAGAUGUCUCAACAGAAGUCUCCACUCUGCAUAAAAGGAAGGGCAGGCAGUCGAACUGGAACCCUCAGCAUCUUCUCAUUUUGCAAGCUCAGUUUGCUUCCAGCCUCUUCCAGACAUCCGAAGGUAAAUAUUUAUUAUCAGAUCUAGGCCCACAGGAGCGUAUGCAGAUCUCAAAAUUUACCGGACUGUCAAUGACCACCAUCAGCCACUGGUUGGCAAAUGUCAAGUACCAACUUAGGAAAACUGGAGGAACAAAGUUUUUGAAAAACAUGGACAAAGGGCAUCCAGUCUUUUACUGCAGCGACUGUGCAUCUCAGUUUCGAACCCCAUCUACUUACAUUAGCCACUUAGAAUCUCAUCUAGGUUUCCAAAUGAAAGACAUGAACAGGCUGGCUGUGGAGCAGCAAACCAAGGUAGAGCAAGAAAUCUCCAGAGUUUCAGUUCAAAGGUCUCCUGAAACAAUAGCUGGAGAAGAGGACACAGACUCUAAGUUCAAAUGUAAGUUGUGCUGUCGGACAUUUGCGAGCAAACAUGCUGUAAAACUUCAUCUAAGCAAAACACACAGCAAGUCACCAGAACACCAUUCACAAUUUGUAGCAGAAGUGGAUGAAGAAUAACUCUUAAGCCCUUGCUUUUGACACGAGUGAUGGUUUCAGUUCAGCGAUAUGAAAGGCAGGAAAGGAAAUGAUCUCAGGCAUUCCCAGCCCAUUGUGCGCUGCUGUACGCAGACAUGGCAAGCAGUCCUCGUCCUGGCUUCAGUUUGUGGUUUUGCAUGCAAGUCGGCAGCGGCUGUACCUAAAGAUUAAACAAAAAGCUGCAGAAGAGCACGGCUGCUCUAGGAGGGAGUGGAAGGAGCUUCCCACCCGCCGCCCGGCUCUGCCACCGCUCUGGGAUGCGCUGCUUACAGCACGCGCUGCCAGUGAGCUUCCUGGAAGUGGAAAAAAUCCUAACGCAAAGUGACGGAAGACAUAAAACCCUAGAGAGAGUCUGGAGACCAUCCCAUGUCACAGGGCCUUCCUGCCUCCCAGCCCUGCCCGCAGCGCCCGCCAGGUGAGGGCUCAGCUCUGGGGAGGCUCAUUGCCCUGGGAGCCAUUUCAAUAAAUGUAAACAUUUGUGGUGAUGGUUUGUUGUUGUUGUUUUUGUUUUUAAUUACUUCUAUUCAGAAUCGUUUUUUUUCUACCCCAACACAAUUCAGAACUUUUGGAAAAGCUGAGGUAGAACUCUACCAGAGCAGGAAAGGCAUCUGCUGGUCUUUUGUUCUUCUGGGACUUCAAGGUUUUCAAACUCUUUAAAAAGCAAAUGAAGCAAGGUUCUUCCCACCCUUUGGAGAAAAGCUGUUUUAAAUCUUCUUGUAUUUAUGCAAGAGGGGCAAAAUUGUGAUGAUCUACCAGGUUUUUUACAGUAAAACAGCAAUAUUAAUGAAAAACAGUCUGGAUAAUGUCUGGUCCUGUUCAAAACACCACGACUUAUUCCAGGACUUUUACUAGGCAUUACUGGUAGUGUUAUCAAAUCAGGCUCAAGACUUGCCUUAAAGGAAAGUCAAUCAUUUAAAGUGUUUUAUUUUUAGUUUAUGAGGUGGAAAAUAAAACUCCUUCUAAAACUUUUAUGAUAGACAUCAUAUUAUUUACAUGUCCCUAAAAUAGCAACUAUUUCUUGUAUAAUAAAAAAUGUUUAUAAAUUACUUUUAGUCUCUGUUUAUGACUGCAUUUAACAUCCAAACAUGGCUUGAGGUUCGUCCUGAACCUAAAAAAAUCAGAGCUAGUAGAAUAACGACUUUUUACAUAUGAAUGUUUUGGUAAAUGGGUCAAAUUCUUGAUCACUCUUCCUUUUUUUAUCAAUCUAAUAAUGCCAUUAUCUUUAGGCUUCUUAUUCAGAUCUCUGAUUUCUAUUAUCUAGGUGAUCUAAAGGAAAAUAAUAGGGAAUAAUUAUUGAUUUUUUUAAAUUGUUUUGAUUUUUGAAAAGCCUAUUAUUUCUAAAUUGUGGAUACAUCAGCACAAGUUUUGUACUCAUAAAACUCCAGUAACAGUAAUUGCAUUCCUGUUAUCUGUAGCUUCAGUGAGACCUCAUGUUUUCUACUUCUAAUCCAAAGAUCUUGUCUUCUCAUAAAGAGAGCCUGAAUUUUAAGUUUAUUUCUUGCUACACAUUCAUUACUGGCAGAAUUUACCCAGCAACAUUUUUUUUACAGCUGUGUUAUGUUGCUUCUACUCCAUGAGCUACCUUGAAGUUAAUUUGUCAAACAUUUGUCCCACUGCUUAGGGAAGGUUCCUGAUCAGAUGAGUGGACCAAUUUGUCAUGGCUUGGUGGAGGGGUGCCGGAAAUCAGACGGCUUUCAAAAGCCUUUGUCUGGGGGACUCCUGUAAGGCAGCUCAGGCUUGGAUCAUGCGGGUGACUUUUUAUAUCACAAACAGCAUUUGGACAACUAGUAGGUGAAAACUGUCUUGCCAUUUCCCUUUCCAAGAUGACUUUGACCCCUUAGACAGACCUUCCUGGAAGCUCUUCAUUGCCAGUGUCCAAUUCUUUCUAUUUUUGGCAUUUGGCAUGCAACAGAUCAAGGUAUAAAAUGGGCAUAUCAAAACUGAACCCAGAUCCAAAAUCCCAGCUACAUCAUGAUACUCUUUGGGAGAAGACUGGGUCUGGGUUUUAUCUUCACUACUUCAGUCAGUCUCUGCUUUGAACAGAUGCAUUCAUCAGCUGCAUUAAUUUACCAAUUGUCAUUAAGCAAUUUAAAACAGUGGGAUGCUGGGUUGUUCCUCGGUAGUCAUUUGUCAAAGGAAAUGUUGAAAGAGGGAAUUAGAAGUAACGGAGUUAUGCUAUUCUUCCUCUUGAUUCUCCAGUCUUUAUUCUUCAUACUGCAUAUUCUUCUAUUAUCUUAGGCUAACUUUGGAGUGUUUGUCAGUUUUUGAAAAUGGCAAGUAAUUAGUCAAUAUGUUUUCACCAUAUGUAUCAAGCUCAGUAAAGAGGCAACCAUUGGCCUUUGUCAUGGCACAGUAAGCGUUCGUUUUCUCAGCACUUCAAGUUACGCUGAGCGUGUGGUGAACGCCAAAGAAUUUAAUGAGGAAUUUUACAAUGAAACAUUUGACAUAAUAAUUCACUGUUCAGCUCAGUUCACAAAUUUGGGACGAGUCCCCGCUUCAGAUUUCAUCAACUUGUGCUGUUCACACUCGAGGUCUUGCAUGAGCUGCAUCUCCCCUGCCUGGUGCCCUGAGCAGAGAGCAAAGAGGCUGUGCAAAGGGUGGAUAAAUUGUUACUGACUCAAUGUGGUCCUAUUUUACAUCUUCUUGGCACAGAUGCUGUGUACAAGAGGGAAGAAUUCUUGAAACCAUGUUUCCCUUCCAGACGGCCUUAGCACUUACCCCAAGCUAGUAAGUGCACUCUUUCCAUGGAGAAAUUCUUGCUUUGAGGCUUCCACUGUUGCUGACUGUCAACGUUCUAUAAAAUAUAAAAAAAAUCAGAAUCUGAUUUUAAUGCUGCUGAUAAAAAGUGUCAUUUGCCCCGAUUUCACCUUCUGAGCAAAAAUAUGUGCAGUGCUUCUGGAGAGAGAGAGAGGAUAGGCAGCAGCCCUAUCGGGGCCCUUGGGAAUACUCUAUUUCAAUUAUUUGUGGAACAGGUUUUUACAUUCUUCACUGGCUUUCCUUAGAUUUACAAAUAGAACUUCUGAGCUCAGACUCAAUUCAGUGUUUUGUUUAACAUUUUGGGGUACGUACAAUAAAUAGCCACAAAUAAGAAUGAUGGCGCAUUGUUUUACUGCAGUCGUGAUUUAAAUAUAUGUGGCAUUGCUACUGAAGUCAAUAGGACUUUCUCCUGAGUAUGUUUUGCAGAGUAUGGUAUCAUUAAAAUAUGACAGUUAAUAGUCUUGUUUAUGUUAUUAUAUUUAAUGAA